AUGGAGCGGCAUUUCACUCCUGGAGGUAGUGCAAAAGGCUUGUCGCGGAGGCUGCGCGUCACCAGCAACUCCACCAAAGCGGGCUCUGGCCCCACGGCCAAGCCUGAACCCCAGCAACCCCUGGGAGCUCGGGUUCCAGCCGAGCCGGGACACCACGACUUGCCACCCUCCCGACCCGGCCAGGCCCGGUUGGGAACACUCACCCGCGGGCAGAAGAGGUGCCCGCAGCUCCAGCCUCGCUUCCCUUUGUCCCGCGCACGCCCCGCCCCUCGCGGCCGGCGCUUCCGCGCUCGCACUUUCCACACUCCUCCGGAUCCCUCUCUGCGCCCCCCCCGGCUCUCGGCAGAAAAUGCACCUUCUAGGGAGGAUGCGGGGAGGCUUCGCACACUCAAGGAUUUUUUUUCAGGCCCCAGACGUUCCUCAAAACUCCCGAAUCUGGGUCCUUUUCCGCCCGGCCGCCGAUUCGUCACGGCGGCGAGGGCGGAGGUGGCGCGACCGCGGGCUAGGCCGGGGCGGCGGCAGGGCCCCCCGAGAGCUGGGGGCCGCGGCCUGGGCCUCCGCGCGGGCCCGGGGGACAACGGGGCGCCCCGACCCGAGGCCCCGGAGCCACUGUGGCCGCGCGGGCCGCGCUCUCUCCCAGGCUCCGUGCCCGCCAAGCGGCUUGUUUCCCCCGGUCUUUUUCUUUCCUCUUUCUGGCUGAGAGAGCGGGUUAUCAGGCGCGGAGGGCUCGGUUCGCGGGGUUUCCGGCCUCGCAGGGCGUCCUGCCCUCACCGCCGGGCAUCAGCUUCGGCGAAGAGUGACGCGCGCGUCUCAGUUUUUCCCGGCUCGAGCGCGGGGCGAUUGCCGCGGGUCUCUGAGCCGAGGCCCAGAGGUGUCCAUCCCUCGCCCGGGUUGUGUGCCCUGCAGCCCGGCCUGGGCUCCUUCGCUUCCCUCUCCGGAACGACUGUCCCCCACCUUCAGCUUAAGUCACCCCCGCCGCCCAAACCCUCCCCUGAUCUCCCACAGCUCUUCGAUAACUUUAUUGUGGUCUCUCUCCCACUCGUUGUAUCAGACUCUGUUUGUCACCUCCAAUGCGUUAUGAAAGCAAAGGUUCAGUCAUCUGCGUUGGUCGCCUUCCUAUCGCCAGUACCCAUUAAGGCCUCGACCCGCUGUUAGAUGCUCGGUAACUGUGUGCUGAGGCAGCCUCUGGUCCGGUCCCGGGCUCUUUGCACUAGAUCGCAGUCCUCUUGAAGAAAAGCUGCAGCUGCUGGGUGUUAGGAAGAAAGUCCACUGUAAUGAGAAAAGGGUGGCGCAAAGAUCACGAAAAAGGAAAGGAGGAGAUCUGAGUGGAGCAGUGACAUUGAUAGACUUACCUCCUGGUCUUUACUCAGAUGUCACCUUCUCAGUAGGUCUUUCCUGACCUAUUUAAAAUUGCAAUUUAUUCCCCACCCUCCACUCUAUUCAUGGUCUGUGCUUUGUUUUUUCUAUAGCACUUACCACCUAACAUACUAUAUUUAUUAUCUAUUUAUUUUGUUGUCUUUUUCUUCCCAACAGAAUGAAAGCUCCCUGAGGGUGGGGACUUUUGACCUCUGGAAGAGUGCAUGGUACAUUCAGUUGUUCAAUAUUUGUGGAAUGAAUAAAUGAAUGGCUAUCUCAUUGUCCUCCCUUUGGUUUACUCCCCAAAAUUUGCAAAAUUAAGAAAGGAAGAAAAGAGGCAAAAUAUAACAGAGAAAAAAACCCUCUUCCCUUGUCCUGAAGAAAUUAAGACUACAGAGUGAAAUAUUCAGCAACUGAGGCCAGCCUUGUGGCAGAGCAGUUAAGUUCGCACAUUCUGUUUAGGAGGCCCGGGUUUUACAAGUUCAGGUUCCAGGUACGGACAUGGCAUUGCCUGUCAAACCAUGCUGUGGUAGGCAUCUCACAUAUAAGGUAGAGGAAGA